AUGGAAAAUAUGGGAGCAGAACUCAUAAAUUCUACGUGUCCUGGAAUGUGUCUCUGUUUCUCUGAAGGAGAUAUUCAGUGUGAUGAGACUGGGCUCAGAAACCUUCCUCCAGAUCUACCUGCAAGUGCCGUGUCUUUGAACUUGGCCGGUAAUCUGCUUCAGGUACUUACCUUCAAUGCUUUCACAAGUGUCCCUCUUCUUGAAAUCCUUUGUUUAAGCCACAACAGCUUGACUUUCCUUUACCCUGGAUCUUUUAUUGCACUCAUCAAUUUGAGAGAGUUAAACCUCAGCAAAAACACAAGACUGACCUACCUUCAUGCUUACACUUUCCGAGGUCUGUUGCACCUUCUGUCCCUGGAUCUGUCUCACUGCAACAUCUUUGAAAUCCACCCUCUUGUGUUUUCCCCUUUGUUAUCCUUGGAAAAUCUUGACUUGGGUUUUAAUAAAAUGCGUUACAUUUCGCAAGCCUUCAGGAAGCUUCAGAACAUCACAAGUCUGUCUCUGGAAAAUAAUCACAUAGAGGCCAUAGGCAGAAAUUCUUUUCGAUAUCAGCAAGCUUUGAGAGAUCUAAAUCUGAGAAGGAACCGGAUUUGGGUGAUUCAAAGUGAAGCCUUUAAUCAACUAAAGAAAUUAAAUGUACUAAAUUUAGGGCACAACUCUAUAUCUCAUUUCCCUAAUCAGCUUUUCAGUGGAUUAAUCCAGCUCAAGAUUCUGCACCUGGAAGCCAAUAAGAUUGUCGCUAUCAACUGUUCCUUCAGCCGGCUAACUAACCUGAAAAAACUGCAUCUAAACAACAACCAGAUAACACAUAUCACACCCCAUGCUUUCAGUUCUUUAAAGCACGUGCAGCUACUUCAUCUGAGUAAAAAUAACCUGACCUCCAUGCCCGGUUACUUGUUUUCCAGCAUGCCCAAACUCAGAUUUCUCUUCCUUUCCUUUAACCCUUGGAGCUGUGACUGUAGCAUGUCCUGGAUUGCCAGGUGGUUGGUAUCAUAUGAUGGGAUGAUACAGGGUGUGCACUGUAUGUAUGGGUUAUCACACUGGAGUGCCACUGAUGUUUAUACAAAGAAUGGCGCUGUGUGCCCGCAGGAGAGAUUUAAAGAGGGGGAAUGUGUAGAAACCACAGAAUACACUGAUAAUAUAAGAGAGAAGCCAGAGAUUUCAGACUAUUACUCCGAAAGGAACAAGCUGAUUCUGUCAAAGACUUGCACCAUUAUGGAACUGAACUUGCUGCUAAAUUCCAAAGAACCUUAA